AUUAUUUAUUUUUUCUUGCACAGUUUUUUAAUAAUAGGAAAAAAGAAUAAAUGGAAAAAAGAAUAUCUUGUCUUAAAAGAAGAAUUUAACAAAUCCAAAAACAUCAAGAACCAAGAUAAUAAUCUUCUUCUCCUCUCAUUCCGACUAUUGGCCCUUUUAUCUUUCUCCUUUUCUCUGUUUAUCGGGAAUGUCCCGGAGAUAAAGGAAUAGGAACUUGUGUUAUACUACUAGUCGAUUUGCUUAUUGUGUGUGUUGUGAUAACAAAAAAAAAAAAAAAAUCUCCUAUUUUUGUUCCCUAGAAAUCUCACCCCCUUUCUCUAAAUAUUGAAUCCAUGCAUGAAUUUGAUUGUCAAUCUCUCCUUUAUGAGGUUUGAAAGGGCACAUUGAUUAUGGGUCUUUUAGCUCAUUUUAGAAGCUACCAUCAAAGAUUGCCCACUUUCAAUCCAGACAUACAUUCUCUCAUCCGUUGGGUAAUCUCUGAUUAAUGGCCACAACUUUGGGAUUGUCACCAUUGACAUCUUCAAGUGCUCGAUUGGGUCAGAGUGUUAUUCAUCCUGCUUCAAAUUUCUCUAGAGAAUUGCUUCGAAACGGUGUUGAUAGUAGUAGUACUGGUUCCUGGUCCAUGUCUCUUGAGAAACAAUCCUCUAAUGGUGGACAUGGAAUGGAUCCUGUGAAAGUCAAUCAGAAAGGGUCUAGCACUAUCAAACAUGAAAGUUUGGAAAAUCAAGAUAUACUGACCGCGGAGGAAGCUGUAGUUGAGAGCUCAAUCGAUCUGUCUUCUAGUACUCGUGGCAUUGUAGAUGGACAAUUAACAGAAGAGGCUUCAGAAGAUCUUGUUUCCGGUUCCUCAUCUAUUACUAAAUUACCCGAAACGGAUGCUGAAAACCCGAUUGACGAUUCUGAUCCGAAAAAUGGUAUGAAUAGCGUUGACAUUACAGGAGAUGCUGAAAAGUCCAGUGGAAGUGCCAAAGUAAGCAAUUCUUGUGAUUUUGUGGAUAGUGGGAAGAAUAGUAUUUGCAGAGGUAGUACUAGCAGUGAUGUUAGUGAAGAUAGCAGUUCUAGUAGCGUUAACAGUUCGAUAAACAAACCUCACCGAGCAAAUGAUGCAAGAUCCGAAGCAAUUCAAGCAAUUCGUUCUCAAGAUGGGAUGUUAGGAUUGAAUCAUUUCAGGAUUUUAAGGAGGUUGGGAUGUGGAGAUAUAGGUAGUGUUUACCUAUCUGAGUUAACUGGGACUAAAACUCAUUUCGCUAUGAAAGUCAUGGAUAAAGCUGCUCUAGCAAGUCGGAAGAAACUCGUGAGAGCUCAGACAGAAAGAGAGAUAUUGCAGACUUUGGAUCAUCCCUUUCUGCCCACUUUGUAUACGCACUUUGAGACUGAAAAGUUCUCAUGUUUGGUGAUGGAGUUCUGCCCUGGGGGUGAUCUACAUGCACUGCGGCAAAGACAACCAGGGAAGCGUUUUUCUGAAAAUGCAGCUAGGUUUUAUGUUGCCGAGGUUCUCCUUGCUUUGGAGUACCUGCACAUGCUCGGGAUCAUAUACAGAGACCUUAAACCAGAGAAUGUUUUAGUAAGGGAAGAUGGGCAUGUCAUGCUCUCAGAUUUUGACCUCUCUCUAACAUGUGGCGUGUGUCCAACUCUGGUGAAGUCAUCAAAAUCUUCUUACUAUUCUCAGCCUGAUGGUAUUGAUGCCUCUUGUAUAACUCAAGCCAAUUGCAUUCAACCAUCAUGUUUUAUGCCUCGCUUUUUACAAAGAAAAUCUAAGAAAGAAAAGAAAACUAAACCAAAGACUGAAGUCUUUCAUCAUAUAACUGCACGUCCUGAGCUCAUUGCAGAACCUACAGAUGCUCGGUCAAUGUCUUUCGUGGGUACUCAUGAAUACCUAGCACCGGAAAUCAUAAAAGGUGAGGGUCACGGCAGUGCUGUUGAUUGGUGGAUGUUUGGAAUCUUCCUUUAUGAGCUUUUGUACGGGAAAACCCCGUUUAAAGGGUCAGGAAACCGUGCAACACUGUUAAAUGUGGUGGGGCAACCCCUCAGAUUCCCAGAGACACCAACUGUGAGCUUUGCAGUGAAAGAUUUGAUCAAAGGUUUGCUUGUGAAGGAUCCUCAACAGCGCCUUGCACAUAGACGUGGAGCAACUGAAAUCAGACAACACCCAUUCUUUCAAACGGUGAAUUGGGCAUUAAUCAGGGGGACCAAUCCACCUGAGGUGCCAAAACCCUUCAUCACGGAGAUACCAAAAGCAGCAAAACAAGAUCAGAAUGUGCCCGUGGUUGAUGUAAAGCCCACCCCAGGUAAUUACUUAGAGAUUGAUUUCUUUUAGUUUCUUGUAAUUUUGCGCAUUUCUCAUACUCUCAUACUUGUUUCAUGGCCUUGUGUUGUAUUGUACUAGAAAGAUUGCUUUUAUUUUUCCACGGCAACAACGUAUCACAUAUUGUAGUAUCUUCAACACAGGCAACAUAUGUAACUACGCUGUACUUCCUUACUACAGAUGUGGUAGAGACACCAUUAAAAAUUUCAUCAAAAUAAAGAAUGAAAUUGUUGAUCCUUC